AUGGAUGAAGAUUGUGGCAGAAUACGGCAUUCGAAAUGUUCAACAGAAAAAAAGUGUAUUUGCAGAGUAAAUAACAUUGAACUAAAUCAAACAACCUGCGCACCGAUAUUGGGUGGAUUUUGUUGGAAAAGUGAAUUAUGUGCGACGACCGAUGCUGUUUGUAUUAAUAAUGAAUAUGCACUAGGUUCACACUGUGAGACUGAUGAAAAUUGUAAACAAGUUAGGUUUGCGAAAUGUACGGAGCAUAAAAUUUGUAGCUGCCCAUCAAAUACUUCUGCCGUAAAUUCAACGUAUUGUGCACCACUUAUAGGUGGAUUUUGUUGGACAACAGAUGAUUGUUUACCUCAUAAUUCUAUCUGUGUUGACAAUAAGUGUCAAUCUUAUUUAAACAUGCCUUGUGAAGCCAAUGAGGAAUGUAGUCAUUUGUUAGCAUAUUCAAUAUGUUCUGAAACUGAAGGGUGCAUUUGUGAUCAGAAUCAUUUUGAAAAAAAUCAUAUAGAAUGUGCACCACGGAUUAACCAUACCUGUUUGAAUAAUAGCUCAUGUACAUUAGAUAAUUCUAUUUGCAUUGAUAAUGUAUGCCAAUGUAAACCGCGAUUUUGGUAUGAAAAUUUUAAAUGUGUUCGUUCUUACUUAAGUAAACCUUGCAAAGAGAACAAUGAUUGCGAUCGAGUACAAUAUUCAAUAUGUUCAUCGGAUAAAAAAUGUGUGUGUGAUAGAAAUUACAUUCAAAUUGAUAAAAAAACCUGCAGACCAGUACUUGAUGGAUUCUGUUCUGAAGACAAAGAUUGUUUAGCUGUCAAUUCAACUUGCAUCAACAAUAAAUGUCAAUGUAAAAAAAAUUUUUUGAGACAAUCUAAUCACUUCUGUGAAUUACGAUAUUUAAGAAUAUCAUGUUAUAACGACGAUCAUUGUAUAGGCAUUAAAUAUGCGGAAUGUUCUGGAGAUAAAAAAUGCGUUUGUAAAUCUAAUUAUGUGUUACUUGGUGACGAAAAAUGUAUUGCGCUUAUAGGUGAAUAUUGUGAUUCAGAUGAAGAAUGUAUUUCUUAUAAUACAGUUUGUAUCAAUAAUAAAUGCCAAUGUUCAGAGAAAUUUGCCACUAAAUCUGUGUAUCAGUGUGAUCGUAUUGCACUUGGUACAACCUGUGAGACGAAUUAUAAUUGUGAAAUAUCAAUAAAAAAUGCCGUGUGUUCCAAAAAUAAUCGAUGCAUUUGUCGUCAGAAUAGUUAUGCAUUGAAUGAAUUUGAAUGUGUAUCACCAUUAUAUGAAUAUUGCUUGAAUGACGAAGAGUGUCGUUUUAAUUCUUCUAUCUGUAUUAAAAAUAAAUGUCAAUGUAAAGAUAACUUUCGAUCUGUAUCGAACAGUCAGUGUGUCCCAUCUGGUUUCUUGUAUCAGUGUAACGACGUUUCAGAUUGUGGUGAUCCAUGGCAUAAUAAAUGUUCCGUUGAUAAAAGAUGUAUUUGUAAUAAAAAUAAUGUUUUGAUAAACAAAUCAACAUGUUUGCCGCUUUUGAACGGUUAUUGUUGGAUAGCCCACCAAUGCGUAGUUGAAAAUUCAUUUUGUAAUGAUUUUCGAUGUGAAUGCCAACGCAAUUUUAUACCUGCAUCUAAUAAUUUAUGCAUACCAGGUAAUUAUAAUUAG